ACGCUUUUUACUCAUCACUCAUCACUCAGCAGUUUACCAUCGAGUUCAUCACUCAGUCCACAUAGCGAGGUCACCUCCUACAAUUCCCGAUGUCUCCGAAAAUUCACACCCGAAGAUGUCUAUCAGCUUCGGCGAGAGCUGCAGGCCGACUACGCCACGCAACGGACGGUCGCGGAGCGGAGGCGGUGUUUACGCGAAGCUUGUGCCACAUUGUUCGAAUUGCGCAGUGAACUACUCGAUGAACAAAGACGAAAUGACUCGUCAAUGGCAUUUUUCGUGUUCGAAUACCAAGCCUUCUUGUGCUGGAUUUAUACGACAAUUCGAUUUGCCGGUUUCACUAGCGAAAUGGAUCGACAUUUUCGCGAAAUGAAGGAACACCACCGCAUCCUGCUGUCAGCCCUGCCAGCACGUGGUGAACCGUUCCUGUUGGCCGUUCUACGCUUCUCACAAAUGUGUGUCGAGUACGCUGCGUUGUGUGACGAAGAAGCACUGCAAUGGUGCCGCCUCGCCUACGCAAGAAAUCUCCCUCGGAAAAAAUCCUCGUCGUCAAACACUACACGAAGUGCAUCGUCGUUGAGCUCCUCAUCUUCAUCGUCAGAUGUGGAUGAAGUCCUUGCAAGACGGGAUUCUGACGCAUCGCCGCUAUGCUGCAGGAUCUACGCAGCAAUAUAUCCGAGAUUGAACUCGGAAUGGCUCUGA